GACGCUCCGCAGCCGGGCUGCUGCUGCUGCUGCUGCUGCUGCUGGCGCCUCGCCUCGUCCGUCUUCAGCUCCUCGCGCUCAGGGGAGCUGCCAUGAGAUCUCCUCGCGCUCCUGCUCACCCGCACCUGGCUGCUAGAAGACGCGCGUGAAGCGGGAAGCGGGACUAACCAGCCGCAGAUCAUGACUUCAUAGGUUUCUGGUUCGAAAAACGGAUAACCGGCUCCGGGCAUCUCUAAUUGCGCUGACCGGUGCUGGGGGUCGAGAUCUCUGGACCCCGAACCCGUCACUCAAACAGGUUGUCGGGGUGUUCUUCACUCUGAAAGGGGUCUUCGGGGCACAGCCGAGGAUGCUACCCCCCAGAUGGUGACUUCGAAAGGGUUGGAUGGAGAGCUGGUCGAAUGUCAGCGGGAACUAUUGUGAUAUCCGGAGGAAUCCUUGCUGGGGUGAUACUGCUGUGCAUCGUAGCAGUUCUCUGUUACUGUAGACUCCAGUAUUACUGCUGUAAGAAGAACGAGUCCGAGGCGGACGUGGGCUCGGUGGCGGGAGCGGAUCCUCUGUCUCACUUCCCCUGCAACGCCUGCAACGCCCUGGCCAUGGACGGGACCGACAUCACGCCCGUCUCCCUGGACCAGCUGGACUCGGGUUCGCACCACAGCCCCUGCCCCUCGUGUUCGCCGUACCCCGUCCGCUCUGGGCUCACAGACGACAUGCGCAACGGAGGGGAGCGGCUGGGCUUCUACUACGAAAACCCGUCAGCGUCUCUCCCUUUGCCCGUCAACCCCCCGACUUCGUCCCCUCUGAGCUACUACAACCCCUCGGACGCUUUCCCUCCCCCGCCGCGCCCCUACAGCACCGACGUCUGACUCUCUCCUCACUGGACUCUUCUUCACACACAUUCACACCAACACACUUAACUUUACUUGCACAAGCCGUUUAUAAGAACAACAACAAAAGUUAAUUUAUUAAAACACGGCACAAUAACACCUAGAUUAUUGCACAUUCCGACUUUAGUCACAGUCACCCACAGACUCAGCCCACUGACAAGAGCUCCUGUGUGGGCAACAAAAUCCUGCAGCAGCUCACAAACGCUGCAGCAAGGAUUUCUUUUCCUCUCCAGUGAAUGGCAGACUGUUCUUCCACAGCUAUGGGGCUAAAUCACCGGUGACUCCAUCAGAGGCAAGACCACUGCACCAGUAAGGAUAAACGAGUUUCCAGACUACGAAAUCCAAGGAUUUGUAAAUUGCAACAUAGGGUAAAACAUAUAAAUCCAUAAUUUGUUUGAAGGUUUAUUAUUUUAGUGUGCCGCUGCUAGUCUCAAGGAGCUGAGCGGCGGAAUAACAUUAUAACAUGAUGUAAAGCUCAAACAAAGAAGCCAAUUUUACAUAACAGCCCCCUUUAAAGUAAAACAACACGGCUCGCCAAACCUCCGUCAGUCUAGAUUAAAGUCACUUUUUUGCUGCAUCCGGUAGAAAAUAUGCUACACGACCAGUAAUCUCUGCAUAGCGCUGAAAAACAUGGGCUUCCCCUACCACUAGAGGUGUAUGUGCACAUCAUCAUCAUCAUCAUCAUCAUCAUCAUCAUCAUCGCGCCGAUUGCAGAAGCCUGUGCGGGAGCCAUCUUUGUGGUUUAGGAAUGACGUUGCACCAAAUUUGUGUAAAUAAUGUCGCUUAAGAUUGUCGGCAGAUCUGAGGUUCACUCUUCUUCUCUCAAACUGAACGCAUGAAGAGUCGAGGGAAUUCCUGACUCUUAGUUCAAGCUUAAGUGACUGAUGGAUUUUUUUUGUUUGUUUUUUUUUAACCUCUCAUAUCAGCAGGAAGCAGAAUGGGAACCGAGAGUUAAAAUCUGAUUAGCAAUGAAGGCACAUGAUCGGUCUGUGCUCAUGUGUUGGUUUCUUCAUAUAAAGGACUUUCCUCCACAUCGGUUCAGUUUCUGUUUCUCUUUCUCUUCCCGGAUGUUAACUCAAGACACUCGCAGCGUGAACCCCGCCUUCCCUCGGCCUGUCAGCCUAUUGCACAUGAGGGCUACCAGUUUUCUACUCGGCGUCGUCGUUUACCAGUAAUAGAAACUCACCGUGGAGUUUUGUCCUGAGGUGAAACGGAACGAAAAGGGGAGUUUUUAUGCAAUUCUGUGCAUCUUGCAGUUUUGUUUUUAUUUUGUUGUUUUUUUUUUUCCUGUUAGUUUCAGUCAACAAAGAAAGUAUCACAUGUGUUUUAGUAAAGAUCUCUAUUCUGGUAAAUGUAGGGAAGCCAGACUAUUAAAAAGAAAAGUGUCUGCUUCACGGUGUAAAAGCUGGUGGUGCUGUGAGUCUUUUCUUGUUUGCGAAUUCAGACGAAAGAAAAAGGACAAUCCUUUUUUUUUUUUUAAGUGAUAACGAGAGAAAAAAAUCUAACAUUAAGUAAGAUUGUGUGCUAUAUUUUAGUGAUUUAAGAAAGCCAUCCUGUCUGCCACGGUACAGUAACAAGAUGCAGUGUUAUUUCACAGUAUAUGCCUGAAUUGAUAUGUAUUUUUGUGAAGCUUCUGGUGAAUAUUAUUGUUGUUUUAUUUCCUACUCUUCUAUUUUAUGUUCUCUUUGUAUUCCUGUGUUUUUUUCUUUUGUUGUUGUUUUUUUCUGUCAGAAAAAAUGCGGUACUGUAAGUAGGAACAGGAAAUUUAUAUUUAGAGAUGGAAUUUUACAUUCCUAAAAGAAUAUGAUAAACGUUGUGCUCAGAUAAACAAAUAUACCACUGCCAAGACGUCUAUUUAAGAAAUGGUAUUUUGCCACAAACGAGUGAUUUGCACAAGUAUUCAUGGUCCGUUCGUCACAUUUUGUCACAACUUUCCUGUCAGUUUCGGGGUUUCGUGCCGUGGACCAACACAAAGCAGAGCGAAGCAGUGAAAGAAAGGAAAAACAAACAAGCAAAGGUUUUACUAUUAAAAACGUGGGAAAUGUCACUCCCAUUUUGUUUUAAAGAAAAUAUCAGUUAUUCUUCCAAACUUUUUCGGGGGUUUUUUUCCCUCUUUUUUUAUUACAAAAUAACUUCAAUUCUGUCAAACUAGGUGGAUAACAUCAGUCAACAUCAACACCCCCAAAGAUUCUCAAUUGGAUUUAGGCUCAGGCUUUGACUAGGUCAUUCUAACACACGAUUAUUCUUUUAUCCAAACCGUUCAUUUAGCUCUGGCUGUGUUCAGGGUCUUUAUCCAGGCGGAAGGUGAAACAUCUUCUCCAGUUUCAAGUGUUUUGCAGCUUCUAAAAAGUUUUUCUUCCAGGGUCGCCUCGUGUUUAGCACCAUUCAUUUCCUGAGCAGGCAUCGCCCCAGCAUGAUGCUGCCACCACCAUGUUUCACUGUUGGGCUUCUUCCACACUUUCUGAAUUCAGAAGAUUUUACUUCAGGGUAGGAGAGUUAAGGGGAAUGGAGGCAUAUAAGCAUUUUUUCUUGUAAAAUACUUGCGUUGGUCUUCUGCACAAAACCUCAACAAAAUACAAAUGUGGAAAAAUUUCCAUGUGAAUGAAAGCUUUUUUUUUUUUGUUUUUUUUCUUUAAGGCGCCGGCCUCCUGUUGCAUCAUGUUGUCGACGCAGAGCUUUUCAAUUUGCUGUUUCAAAUGCACUUUUGUGUUUCCAUGAUGCAGCACAAUGUCAUUCUUUUCUCUGGCAGAUGAAGCUCUGUGCUUUUGUUCAUCAGUUUGCUCUUAUUUUCAGAUUUCUCUGAUUUCCUUUCAGCGGUAUCGAUGGGUUAUCUUUUGGUUCACCCUGGUAGAGUGAGAAAACCCUCCACCUGUUCACACCUUUUUAUUAUUAUUAUUAUUAUUAUU